ACGCACAGACUCAUGCGCUGAAUGCAAGGAACUUUAAACUGAAAUGUAUCAAUUAUCCAUUAAAAUUGGGUAACUUUUUUCCCCAUGAUAAGGCAGUUAUUUGUCAUAAGUGUUGAUUAAAACUUUUUGAAAAUGUUAAAGCAUGCCACGCAGUCAAUGGUUCCACCCAGCACGGCCCACAUGUCCUAUUUGAAUUAGAAGGCGAAAAAUGCUGCAGGCAUGGCAGACUACACACUUACUGCACGUUUUCUUUGUGUGUUUGCAGUCUUUCAAAAAGGUCUCACCCCUCCCAUACAAACAAAUCCAACAGUGACAGCAGCAGCAGGAGACCAGGCCCGCUUAGACUGUCAGCUGAUGGAACCCAAAGACGUCCAUCAGGUCACCUGGCAGAAGAUUCUCCCUAGUGGAGGGAGGAACGUCGCCACCUACAACAAAUACUUUGGCCCAAGAGUGGACCCUUACUUUGUGGAAAGAGUGGAGCUUAAAGGUGGUGGACUUGACAACAGCUCCAUAGUGAUCCGGGAGGCGACAGUGCAGGAUGAAGGCUGCUAUCACUGUCUGUUCAACACUUACCCUGAUGGUGCUCUCACUGGGACAACCUGCCUGCAAGUCCAUGAGCUGCAUGGACCCUUCCUACAAAUCAGAGAAUCAAACUCGACUGAAGCGGUGGUUGUUUCCUGCACGGCCACAGGUCGACCUGCUCCCACUGUGACCAUCACCGCCCCUCAGAGAGACUUCUUCGUCUUAAACAACAGCUCCAUCAGUGUCACCAACAACAACAGCACAGUCACUGUCACAGAGACGGCUGUGCUCUCUCGUGUCCAUUACAACAGCACACAGGUUGGGUGUGCAGCCCAGGUGCUCUCUGCUCCUCAGAAAGAAGUGUUUAUGAUGAUUCCUGAAGUCAGACACACGCCUACUGGUGACGGUAAGAAACACGUCCAGAGCCACAGAUUAACAGAUCCAUAA